AUGAAUAAUCCAUUAAAAGUAUCAAAAGACAUAUUAACAAAUUUAAACGAGGCGUUCAUAUCUACGACUGAACAUGGGGACGUCAACCUUAAUAGUGACGGAGAACUUCUUGCAGACCAAGACCGGAUCACCACGCUGGAUGAAAACACAAAACAAUUCUACAAAAAUGGGAUCGAAUAUAUGAACAAAUUUGAUAAUCUAGAAAAGAAGGAACAUGAUAACAUUAAUGACUUAAAGAUAGUAGCACCCAAUGACAAAAACAUGACACUAAUUGACCCGUCUUACAUAAGAGAAAGAGAUUUUGAUGAUGAUAAGAAAUACAUAAAUGUUAGUUUUGUUCACGAUUUUAUAAAUGCACCUAAAGACGAAAGACCUUCAGGUCAGAACAACUGUCAUGGAAAGAGGUAUAACUUUACAUAUAAAGAUGGCGAUAAAAAAAAAAAUUAUGAGUACAUAAAUGCAACAAAUGAGUAUUACAUAACAAAAAACGUGGAAGAAAAAAUGACCAACACUGGAAUAACAAGGGAAAAUUUUUUUUCCGAUAAUAAGAUAUUACUCUAUGAAGAUGGGAUAAACAAAUGGUCUGACAAAAGUAGGUACCUUUACUUCGUUGACAAGGAAAAACAAAAUGAUGGGUUAAAAAAAAAAAACAAAUUUAAAGAUAUAAGACUCAAUGAUGCACUCGUAGUGGAUAACUUUGAGAAGGUUGUUUACAAGCAAGAUCCUAGUAGUGACAAGGUUAAAAUAGAAAAUUUAAUACUGGAUGUUCUCAAUAAUGACUUCGACUAUGAUUUAGAAUCUGAUGAAAGUAUAAGGCCUAAUGAGCAACACAAAGAGGAAAUUGAAGAGAAUCAAUUAAACAUUAAGAAAAAAAUGAAGAAAGAACCGCUGAAUAUAUCUUCGAAAAACAACACUAAAUACAACCGAUCUUACAUUUUGGAUUAUCUACAUUAUGAUAACUUUUUUCAUGAUGAAGAUGUGAAUUUUUCAGUAAAUUUUACGUCAGACAAUUCGGAUUAUGAUACUAAUGAAGAAAAAAAAAAUACUUACCUAAAAUACACCAUAGGAAACAAUAAAGAAUUUGAAAUAAAAAACAACGUUCAUAAUUUGUUGACCAAGGCUAAAAAUGAUUUAAAUGUAAGAGAUUUUUCUAGAUUUAUACCUGAGCAGUUUAACAUGAACGUAUUUUUUUCUGAUCAGUCAAUGAGUGAGGAAUAUGAAUCUGAUUCCGAUGAAAAUAUGAACUGUGUUUUGAAAAAGAAAAAAACGCAAUGGAAUGAAAAAAGGAUAAAAGAAGAAAUGGAGUUACUACGGAAGUAUGACUAUGUUGACUCCCAUUAUUCACCUGGAUAUUACACUAGAAUUACACAAAAUUUAAGAGAUAAAUUGGACAAAAAGAGAAUUAAUAUAUAUGAUUUAAAAAAGAACGAAAUGUACGAGAAAAUUAAAAAAGAUCUCAUCGAUGAAGAGCAAACGAAGAAGGAUGAAGAAAAUCUUCAAAAUUUAAGAUUGGGAAAAUUGCGUGACCCUGAUGAAAAUUUAAGUGCACAUGAAGAAAUGGAUUUAGACAGCAUCCAAGGAAUUUCAGAUAGGGAAAUGGUGACAAACGCAGACGUGGAAGAUAUAGAACACAAAUCGAAGGAUGAUGGAGAGUAUAAAACUGAUAGCUCUUUAACCUUUGACAACAUAGAUAGUAAAAGUAUAAGCAAUUUGAAGAGAAAGUAUAAAGCAUUGAAAAAAAGUGAUCGUGCUGAUGAACUAAACUUAAGGAAACUAAAAUUUUAUAUAUGUCGAAAGGUUAAUAAAAAGAAAUAUUUUCUCAAGAACAUGAAAUCGAAUAAGAUGGACAGGAAGAAGGAAAACAUAAGGAAGACCAUAAAAUUUUCGAAACAAGGAGGGUACAACCUGCUUGCCAAGAUACAGGAAGAUGCUAACAUGGAUGAAGUAGAGGAAGAAGAUGAGCUGCAACAACUGCAAGAGGAUGAUCUGUUCGAUUACAGCAACUUAGAUACGUCAGAAAUGAACACAUCGGAUUACACAUACUCAUCAUUAACUAUUUCGUCUUAUGAGUAUUUAAAUAUACGUGGCGUGCAUUAUAAUGAUAAUUCAUAUGAAAAAAUAUUUUAUCAUAAUGACCCGAGAGUGAAUGUUACAUACCUGUUUGAUAUUGUCCAAUUUUUUCUUAUUCGGGAUGGAAAGGAUAAUGAAGAAGAGCGAACGAGUAAAGGAAAUAUGUUCAUAGAAAUCCUAGUGUAUGACAUCAAGUUCUACCAGCAUAGGAAACACAUUAAAGAAGAGGCAAUAAUGCAUUCAGUAGAAAUAAACGAAGAUACCACAGUAAAAUUGGAGAAAAAAGAAAAUGAUAUAUCCGAAAUAUUGCUAAGAACAGUGAACGCAGAAGGUGGCAUCUUCCGAUGUUGUAUAGAAGGAGAAAAAAAUAAAAUGAGUACAAUUUUUAACUGUUUAUAUAAAAGAAUUUCACUAUUUAUGUAUGUAAAACAUUUGAAUUCUAUAUCUUAUGGAGUUAUCGAAAAUGCAGUUAAUUAUUUUUUAUUUGAAGGUAAAAUAUUAAAUUUAAAAAAUGUCCAAUAUAACAAAAUUGCAGAUAAUAUUAUCUUUUCGUGUUCAAAAAAUGUAGCAAAUAUUUAUAGUAUCAAUUUAUCCAAUAGAAAAAUGAAUAUUAAAGACGUAUCUGAAUUUCUAACCUUUUCAAAUAUUAAACAUUGUAAUUCAUUAAACUUAACACAUAAUCCGCUCUUUCUAGAACUGGCAUUUGAAAAAAUUAAAAAUGAUAUUGAUUGUGUCAUCAAAUUUUUCAAAAGUUUAAAACUGAAAGAACUGAUUUUAGAUUUCAUAGAUCUUUCAAAUCCCUCAGCUGAGUAUUUUAUUGCUAAUAUUUUGCUCAGUACAAAUGUAUCCUUCAUAAGUUUAGUAAGUUGUGAAUUAAAUAAUACUAACAUAAUCAGUAUAGUCAACAUAGUUCAGCACAGGAAAAGAGACAGAAGAUAUACAAGUACCAUAAAUUAUGUAAAUGUCGAAUUUAACAAAUUGACAUAUCAUGACAUAGUAUCUCUUGUAAAAAUAUUGUUUGAAUUGAAUAAAAAUUUUCAAAAAUUAUAUAUAUGCGGAAAUUAUGUACAAAGUGAUAUAUUCGACAUAUCAUUUGAAUUUAAGAGGAAAAAAUCUACCAUUGAAAUGCAGAAAUAUGUUAAAUCUAACUCGGAUAUUUUUCAUUUUGACACAAUGGAUCAAGUUAAGAAUUCCUAUGUGUGCAAUUUGCAAGGGGUGGCAGAGUUGUACGAGCAGGAUAAAAAUACCCCAGUGCAAGUUACUUUCGAGUUAUAUUUUUGCUAUUUGCAUAUCAUAAAACCUGAGGAAAAAAUGUACACCAUUAGAAACAUUUCAAUUGUCAAAAAGGGAAACAUAAGCAUAGUGGCCAUUGAAGCACUGUUUAACAAUAAGGGAGUAAAAAUUAAGCUAAAUUUAUUUAAGGAAAACAUAAGUUUGCUAUUUCAUAGCAUAGUGCGGGAAAGCUUCAUGGGCAAGGUGUACUAUAACGAACAGAUUAGAAAUGACAGAGAAGUGAACGAAAAUGUUUUGAAUUACUUUAUUAUGAGAAGUGAAAAUGAGAUUAAUUUAUAUAACUACAAUAUUACGCGAGAAGAAAUUCAUUUUGUUUUGGAUCUUUGCAAAAAUAGUGUGGUCAAGAACAUAAACCUUAGCUGGUGUUAUCUGCGCAAUGAGGAUAUUUUGUAUUUCAAUUCUGUAAAAAAUUACUCGUACGGAAUUAAGGUUUAUAAAUUGUCUCUAAGUAGUAACUUAAUCGAUUCAGAUGUGGAUAUGGAAGACCUGAUUACAUUCCUGUCGAACUUCACCAUUUUUUUCAAAAUAAAUUUAAGUGUUCUGAAAAUAGGUUCAAAUCCGUCAAUAUGUGAAUUAUUUUUCUACCUCUUAAAUAACACCAAGUGUAAGAUUAUAAGCCUGGACAACUGUGACCUUGGGAAUGCGUUUUUGUUAUCUGUAAACAGAAAUAUUAAUAAGUUGAAAACAAACAACUACCUGACUCUUCUGUCUAUGCAAUACAACACAUUCAAUGAUAAAAGAGGAAUGAUCAAAUUUUUAAACAGCAUAAUUUUAGCAUGCAAGUCAUUGGAAAACAUAAAACUUUAUACUAAUUAUAUCAGUGAUGAAGAUACUAAGAUAAUAACAAAACACGUGAUCAAAAAAGACGUAGUAUCGUUUCAGUGUACAUACGAUGCAUCUGUUUAUGCAUCUGAUCAAGUGAUAAAAGUGGAAAAGAUAGCGAAAAAUAAAAUUAAUAAUGAUGUCGAGUAUAAUGCAGAUAUGACAGAGGAGGAGCUUAAAAUAAUUCAGCAUUUUUUUGAGAAAAAACAAAAGGAGAAGGAAGCAAACAGAGCAGGAACAGCAGACGAUAGAGAUGCAAAUGAAAAAGAUGCAUAUGAAAAAGAUGCAGACAAAAGAGGUGCUUACGAGAAAACAGACAGAGAUCAGUUCGUGAAUCGUUAUAAUUUGGAUGAUUUAAAAUCAAGUAAAAUUAAAAACAUUAUUAUGAAGUGA